AUGAGUGAAAUCAACAACUUUGAUCAGCAAAAGAAACAAAAGAUCAAAAAGCUUGAUGAAUCAGUGAUAAACAAGAUUGCUGCAGGUGAAAUCAUUAUCCAGCCAGCCAAUGCUUUGAAGGAGAUGUUGGAGAACUCAAUAGAUGCAAAGGCAACUAAUAUCGAGAUUGUGGUCAAGGAAGGAGGCUUGAAACUACUUCAAAUUACUGAUAAUGGUCAAGGUAUUGACAAGAGCGAUCUACAUUUACUAUGUGAAAGAUUUGCCACUUCCAAACUAACGAAAUUUGAGGAUCUUGAACUGAUUGCAACAUACGGAUUUCGAGGCGAGGCUCUAAGCAGUAUAUCGCACAUUUCACGACUAUCGGUUGUUUCUAAAACCAGGGACUCGAAUCUUGCAUACAAGGCAUACUACAUCAAUGGCAAAAUGUGCGCUUCUAAUUUUAAACCGGCAACGGGUAAUAACAAAAUUGAGCCUAAACCUAUCGCUGGUCGAGAUGGUACUCAAAUUACCGUUGAGGAUCUUUUUUAUAACUUGCCAUCAAGAUUCAAAGGUUUGAAGUCGAAAAGCGACGAGUUUGCCAAGAUUUUAGAUAUUGUUGGCCGGUAUGCCAUACACACAGGUCACGUAGGAUUCAGCUGCAAGAAAUAUGGCGAUCCAUUGCAUCAGUUGAACACAAGAGCCAAUUUGUCAAUAAAGGAAAGAGUGCGUAUUGUUUAUGGAUCGAACAUUGCAAAUGAGUUGUUGGAAUUUAAUUUUGAACCCACAGAAGAAGAAGAUGGAGGAAACAUGGCGUACAAGGUGCCCGACUUGGGUAUUCUACGGGUCAAAGGUACAUUAACCAAUGCUAAUUUCAACAACAAGAAAAAAAUACAAUCAGUGAUUUUUAUCAACCAUAGAUUGGUGUCGUGUGAUCCGUUAAGAAGAGCUAUGAAUUCGGUCUUCCAAUUCUUUUUGCCAAAGGGAAGCCAUCCUUUUUUCUAUAUUAGUUUGGAGAUAAAGCCUGAAAAUUUAGACGUUAAUGUUCAUCCUACUAAGAGGGAAGUACGAUUUUUGAAUGAAGAUGAGAUUAUUGAUUUAAUAGUUGCAAGAGUUCACAAGAUUUUGUCUAGUGUUGACACGUCAAGAAAGUUUAAAACACAAACUAUUGUGACUAGAAGGAAUAAUGAGUUGGAGGAGGAGAAGCUUUCGUUUGGCGAUGGUUCGCAAAGUGAAAGUAACAGUCAAGGUGCUAGUCAAGGUGCAAGCCAAGGUGCUAGUCAAAAUGCAAGUCAAAAUGCAAGUCAAUAUACGAAUCUGGGCUUUGUCCAAACACAAGAAGCACCCCCUUUAAAGAAAUAUAGACAGGAAAAUAAAAUGGUCCGUGUUGAUGCAUCCCAAUCAAAGAUCAAUCCAUUUUUGUCGCAACGAGACACUAAUAGAAGUUUUUCGGAAUUUAUUAAAGAUGAGUUUGAUUACAAAGAUGAAACGACGACGCUUGUUGAUCAAGAAGAUACAGAUUUGUUUGUUAAGGAUUUUGAUGAAGGAUUGACUGAUACGCAGAGGAUUAACCAAGAGUCGCAGCUCGCGAACAACUCGCAGCAACUGCUUAAUUCACAGCGGACUCAGGUUGAAGUCAACUUGGAGUCCAUUAAGGGUCUCAAGAGUGAUUUGACUGAGUUUAUUGAUAAGCAGUUGACCAAUGUGUUUAACCAUGCGGUGUUUGUUGGGAUCAUUGACCCACUAAAGAGACUAUGUUGUUUUCAAUACGAUGUCAAAUUGUUUAUUUGCGAUUAUGCUGCCGUGUUGUUGGAAUUUUACUAUCAAAUUAGUCUCCAUGAAUUUUGCAAUUAUGGUGAAAUAGAAUUUGAUGAACCUUUGUCUUUAGAUGACUUGUUAGAGCCAUUAUACACAAUGGAGGGCAUGGAAAAUGUUUUACUUGCCAAGGAGAAAGUGAUAGAAACUAUAAUCAACAUGAAGGAUAUGUUUCAAGAGUAUUUCCGAAUAAUAAUUGACGAUGAAAAUAGGCUUGUUGCGAUACCCAUGAUUAUGAAGAAAAUACAGCCUGAUUUUAAAAAGUUGCCGUUUUUCAUUUACAGAUUGGGCACCAAGAUAAAUUACGAUAAUGAAAAGGAGUGUUUACAAGGUAUCUUGAGACAAAUUGCAUUGCUAUAUCUACCAGAACCAUUUAGUGAUGAAGAUAAUAACGAAGCACGCGAAAAGAGGGAUGUUCUUGAACAAGAGUUGGAGAAUAUAUUGUUUCCGGAGUUGAAGAAACAGUUUUUGGCUACAAGAAAUCUUACGCGCGAUGUUGUGCAGAUUGCUGAUUUGCCUGGGCUAUGUCGCAUACAGGGCAUCUACGUCGUGAUUAAGCUCGCUACCAACCUAUAA